GCUCAGGCGAGACACCGUGUUCCCAAGAUUUUCUGAGUGCAGGUCACCCAGCUGCAGAGCGUGCAGCAGUCAGCCUGCCUGUCCUGAGAGGUGAUUGUUUCCACAGAUGGAUCCUGGAUGAACUCUUCUGCUGUAGAAUUCAUUCAUCGAAUUCAAACAAUGGACAGAUGACUAAGACUCAUCAAACUAAGAAGAACUGAAACUCUUCAUCUUUCUCAAUGAGUUAAAGAAUGAGUGUUUAUGCACCAAGUCCUCAUCCUGCAAACAUCAAUCCAACCUUUGCAGAUCGUCCGCUCUAGUUUCUCAUGUGAGGUGCCUGACCAACAGAGACAUGCCCAAUGACAGCUGCAACCUCCCCUUGGACACAGACACUCUCGGGCUGACGUGUAUCUACAGCCUGAUCUUCUCCUUGGGUCUUCCCAGCAACUUGUUGUCACUCUGGGGACUGUACCACCUGGGUCGCUCAGGCGGGGGAGGCUGCCAGCUGGUCUACAUCCUCAACCUGCUUCUUUCAGACCUGCUCCAGCUGCUCACACUGCCACUGUGGAUCCUUUAUCUCCAAGGCGGGCAUCGCUGGCCGUAUGGACAGCUCACCUGUGAGCUGGUGGGCUACGUGUUUCACGUAAACAUCUAUGCCAGCGUCAUGUUCCUGUGUCUGAUAGCACUGGAUCGGUGCCUGGCUAUUGUGUACCCGUUGAGCAGCCGCAGGGUGCGGUCUGUCAGGGUGGCAGCAGUGUCUGGGGUGGCGGUCUGGACCCUCACCUUCCUGUUCUGCCUGAGUGGGCUGCUUCCGACAGUUUUUGACCCUGAUCGGCUUCUGUGUCUGGAGCAGUACCCUGUCAGCCCUUCAUACGCUCGCUUCAAGAUCACCACAGUGGCCCUUGGGUUUCUGCUGCCAUGCAGCAUACUAGGAUACACCUCUGCCCACAUUGGGGUGACACUCCGACGAUCUCCUUCCCUCUCUGUCCACGAACGGAACAAAAUCGUGGGCAUCCUCGUCGUGAUCACCGUCAACUUCAUGGUUGUGUUCGGGCCGUACCACCUCGUGUGUGGAUACAGAUUUGUGUCCCUGCUGCUGGCCGAUGAGCCGUGUGGAUUAGAGCGCUCCAUCUUUCUCAUCUAUCGGCUUUGCUACGGUCUGACUAGCCUCAACACCCUGCUGGAUCCCCUCUUCUACAUCUUCCUGUGUCCUGACGCAAGACUAGAGCUGCAAAAGUCCUUGCCCUGUUUGAGGAGGGGGCAGAACGAAAAGAUAACUCUCAGUGCAAGAGCUCAUCCAGAAAACCAGAGAGACAGCCAAGCUGGACAUAAUAAUCCUCUUGCAUUGUAGCUUUGAUUCAUCCCAAACUGGUAUUAUACCAAAGUCAUUAGGUGUUUUUCGACUGGAGGAACUUUACUCCUGAACUACGUGUGUUUCAACAGGUGGAACCAGGGUUUAUAUUUAGUUCAG